UUUUAUUCAGGCAUUUGGGGAGCCGACUGAAUGACAUCACUGCAUCCCUAAACUCGUCGUGGGCUGCUCUCAAUCCAGGGAAUGGGCUCUGGAUUGGGAAUGGGAAUGCGAUGUGCCCUGCGGACUCAGAUUGAUGGACCCGGAAACAACAUGGCAGUCAGAUGACCAAAAUCGCAUGACAGAUCUAUAAAGGAAUGAGGGACUGAUAAUCAGCUCAGCUAUGUCUCCCAAAGGAGUUGGGCAGAGUAAGGUAGAGGAAACGGCUGUACAGGUGGCCGUCCGGGUGCGUCCACUGCUCCCCAAAGAGAUUUUGCAUAACCAUGAGCGUUGCAUCACUGCAGACCCAGAAGAGAGGAGGGUCACCUUGGGCAAUGACCGCCACUUUCACUGUGACUUUGUUUUUGAGGAGAGUUCUAGCCAGGAGGAGGUGUAUACUGACUGCGUUCAGCCCCUCAUUGAGGCCUUCUUUCAUGGUUUCAAUGCCACUGUUUUCGCCUAUGGGCAGACAGGCUCGGGCAAAACCUACACCAUUGGAGAAGCCAACAUUUCCGCUUUUAGGGAUGACGAACAGGGCAUCAUUCCCAGAGCUGUGGCCGAGAUCUUCAAACUGCUGGAUGAGAAUGACCUCACUGACUUCUCUGUCCGAGUGUCGUACAUUGAGGUUUACAAAGAGGUCUUCAGAGACCUUUUGGAGGUUGAGACAGCCAGUAAAGACAUACAUAUUCGAGAGGAUGAAAGGGGCCACAUAGUGCUUUGCGGUGUGAAGGAAUGUGAAGUGGAGGGACUUGAUGAGGUUCUGAGUCUCUUAGAGUCAGGCAAGACAGCCCGUCACACAGGGGCCACACAGAUGAACCCCCAAUCCAGUCGUUCCCACACCAUAUUCACUGUGCUUAUGGAACAGAGGCGUGGAGGUUCUCGAGCAGCGAGUGGAACUUUGCAGAUCCUCUCUUCCAAAUUUCAUUUUGUAGACCUGGCUGGAUCAGAACGCAUUCUCAAAACCGGCAACACCGGUGAGCGGCUCAAAGAAAGCAUUCAGAUCAACAGUGGACUUCUUGCUCUUGGAAAUGUAAUUGGAGCUCUUGGGGACCCUAAAAGAAAAGGCACCCAUAUCCCAUAUAGGGAUUCCAAAAUCACCAGGAUCUUAAAGGAUUCUCUUGGAGGCAAUGCCAAAACACUCAUGAUUGCUUGCAUAAGCCCCUCCUCUUCAGACUUUGAUGAGAGUCUAAAUACACUUAAUUAUGCCAAGCGGGCUCGUAACAUCCAGAACCAGGCCACGGUCAACUGCCGGGGGGAGCCAGACCGCGUCGAGGGCCUUGAACUUCAAAUCAAGGCACUAAGACGAGCCCUUGAAAACCGCCAACGCUCUGAAACCCGCAUCAUCACUCGCUCUGACCCUCAAAAGAGGCUUCGACCCCUUGAAUUGGACAUGAGCAAGCUGCAAGCAGAGAGCACUCACUACAGGACAUGCACGGAUUCAGCCUACAGGCUUUUUACAGAACUGCAGGGGGAAGGGACUUUGAAUGCAGGUCAGCUCCUGCGGGUGAAAGAGUGGCUUUGCGCUGUAGAGGAGGAGCGUAGCGGCCUUACCUCAGCAUCAGGGCUGGACAGCGGCAUAGAAAGCAGCUCUACUGAGGACAGUACAGCACUCAAAAAGGGACGCGCAGCAUUGAAUAACCAGGACCCCGACCAUGUGAAAACAGAUUGGAGUGGCGACAGAGAGGACUACAUUUCCCAGCUCCAAGCCCAGAUACAGCAAAUAGAACAAGAAAAUACUGACUUCUUAGCUGCCCUAGAGGAUGCCAUGGAACAAUACAAACAACAGAGUGAUAAACUGCAGGAGCAGCAGGAUCUAAUAGCAGAGCUUUAUAGUCUGUUAGCCCAGCCUGGUGGAGUGGGGCUGCUGCAGCUGAAACAGAGACCUCACACUGCUCCCAUCAACUCACUACUACAAGCAUCAGACUGCUCUGGCCGUCUGACUCCUCCCUAUGACUGUGAUGCAGGAAGAAGCUUCACCAGACAGAUCGGAAUUGGUGCAUCUGUAGACAGCAGCUCAUUUUCAGACCAGUCACAAUGGGGGAGUGGUGAAGAAAAUACAAACUAUGAAACCUUUGGGAAAGGAGUGAACCGAGAUAGUGAAGAUGGCCACUUCAAAGCUGGAAGAGACAAACGCAGAUCCAUCAAUAUUACCUGGAUAAAGAAAGAUGCUUCAUCGCUCCAAGGACCCACUGCAGGUGCCAGGGCAGCUCUGCCUCAAGUAAUUGGGCUUGGCCAUCCAGUUGUACAAUGCACCAGACGCACAUCUUACAGCAGCAAUGGCGAGAGCUCGGUGUGGGAGAGUGGGAGAGGUUUUGGAGGUGAGUUUUGCUCAGAGAGAGGGCUUCUCCAGGCCCAGCAGAAGAUCAGAGAGCUCUCGAUUACCAUCCGGAUGAAAGAGGAACUCAUUAAAGAGCUGGUCAAAACAGGAAAAGAUGCCCAGGCCAUGAACAGGCAGUACAGUCGAAAGAUCUCUGAGCUGGAAGCUGAAGCAGAGCAGGCCCGCAUGGAGUUCACAGAGGCCCAAAAGCAGCUGCAGGACCUGGAGGUGCAGGGCAGUCGUGACGCAGCUGACCGCUUCAAAGCACAGGAGUGCAGGAGGAAGAUCGCAGCUGCACAGAGCAAAGUUCAGGUGUUGAAGCAGAAGCAACGGGACACUGCGCAACUGGCCUCCCUGUCUGCACAGAGUGAACGGCGAGUACAGGAACUCGAAAGGAAUGUGCAGAACAUGAGGCAGCAGCAGGAUCUGCUGCAGCGCCGCCUGCGAGAGGAGAGCCAACAGAAAAGACGACUGGAGAGUGAGAUGCAGAAGGGAAAACACAGAGUCAAGGAGUUGGAGAUAAAGAAUGAACAGCAGCAGAAAAUUCUGAGGAUUAAGACGGAGGAAAUUGCAGCGUUCCAGAGGCAGAGGAGAAGUGGAAGUAACGGAUCUGUCGUUUCACUAGAGGAACAGCAGAAGAUCGAGGAGCAGAAACGCUGGCUUGAUGAAGAAAUGGAGAAGGUUUUGGGACAAAGGCGAGGACUAGAGGAUCUAGAAGGAGAGCUCACCAAGAGAGAAGAGAUCUUAGCCAAAAAGGAGGCCUUGCUCUUGGAACGCAGUGGCCUGGAAUCCAAAAAGCUUCGCUCUAGCCAGGCUCUUAGUAAAGACCUGGUCACCCUGUCGAAUCGAAUUGAGUCUCUGGAACGGGAACUGAGUGAAAGGAACGGUCAGUUGCGCAGUGGCAGUGCUCAGGACUCCCAAGAAAUCAGACAGGAGAUCUCCAACCUCAGGCAGGAGAAGGAGCAGCUCCUCAAACAGAGAGUGGAGCUGGAUGACAAACUAAGACAGGGGAACCUGCUCUCCUCUGAGGAAGAACGAACACUAUUCCAGUUGGACGAGGCCAUCGAAGCUCUGGAUGCCGCGAUUGAGUAUAAAAAUGAGGCGAUUACCCAAAGACAGAGGCAGCUACGGGCAUCAGGGAGCAUGCUCACUCAAUGGGAGAUGAAUCUGAUGGCCAAACUAGCCUAUCUGUCUGCAUCUGAAACUCGAGCUCUACUUUGUAAAUACUUUGAUAAGGUGGUGUCUCUUCGUGAGGAGGAGCGGAGGUUGCAGUUGGCUUUAGCUGAGCUGGAGCUGAGAGUUGAGGAGCAGCAGAACUUGGUUGGAUGGUUGGAAACAGCUCUUGAGAGACAGCAGCUAGAGGCAGACCGCAGACUCACCCAGCUACAGAAAGAGCACGAGAGAAACAUCCAGUUACUGCUGCAGCAAUGUCGAGAGCAAAUAGAUGAGGGUCUGGCUGGUAGACAGAGGCAGUAUGAGGGCUUGAUUCACAACCUAAGCAAAGAGCUGAACUUCUACAAAAUAGCCAAUCAGGAGCUAAGUAACAAACUUAGGGAAAGGUGUGGCCCCGUCAAUCAGGCUGGAGAACAAAUUAAAGGUACCAGUUGUAACAGUCGGCUCUCAGGUGGUGUUGAAAGGGUCCAGGGCAGAGUUACCGACGACGUGGUCAAGUUUACCCUUGAGGCAGACGCAGGACCUCAGAGGUCGAGGGAAGAAAUACGGGACCUGGUGCAUGCCCCUCUUCCUCCAACAUGGAGGCGCUCUUCUCUGCCCUCAGAGGACCAGUACAGCAUGGAGGAGUUGAGACAGAGAGCAGCAUGUGAACUGCCAAACAACAGAAUAGUUCAGCCCAGUAUGAAUUCUACACACUGGAGUGGGACAGCCUCCUUGCCCAUCACAAGACCACGCAGAGAAUUUAGGAGAUCAAGCCUCAAUACGGGACCGCUGUCUUCUAAUUCAGCAAUAAUUGAUGUUCGGAGAAAUCCAGUGUAAAGAAGUCUAAUUUUGUACAGUUAGUUAAGUAUCAGUUCAAUAAUCCUUGUUUUUUUUAUCAUAUUGAAUCUUGUAUUUUAUGGGUAGAGAUUGUACUUUGUGUUGCUUUUUUAUAAUCCUUGAAAUGUAGGCUACAUUUGAUGUCAUUUCAAGCACAUUUUUCAUGGAACUGUUUCAGGUUUCAGACCCUCUUGGACACCUCUUUAGUGAAUGUAAAAUGCUUGUUCUUUAAUGCAUAUUGAAAUAAAAACAGUUGCCUUCACAACAAAACAAAUA